UCAAGAAUAUUGACAGGCCUCUGCUGAAACCGGGAACAGAAAACAAAUAAGCUGGUGGGGGGGGCGCGUAACUCCUCCUUUAUCAACUCCGGUAGCCUUUCCAAAGAAACCACGUAAGUCCCGCCGAGCUGAACUUUUUAAAAAAUUAAAUUUAUUGAGAGAAACUGUAGAUUAGUAUACAGUUUUAAGACGUAAUAGGGAGAUUCCCCCAAGGGCGACAUCUUGCAAAACUACAGUACAGUAUCACAACCAGGACACCGAUACCCAUAAACUCAAAAUACAGAACUGUUCCAUCACAAGUGUCCCUCCUGUAACCUUUUAUAGCCACACCCACCCCGUCCAACUUAACUUUUAAUGCCGACAUAACUAAACCAGGCCGUAACAGCGCCCAUCAGGAAUAAGGCCGAGCGCCAGGAGGGAGGGUCAAUGUAAACCCAGGGGACAGGUAAAUCCCCAAGCUCAGCGGCUGAUAGCCGAGCCACCACAAGCCUGCAGAGGAGCGGCCCCGCCCCUUCCGCACGGGCCGCAGGCCCCGCCCCUCCCGCCACGGCCGACCAACAGCCGCCGAGGGCCGAGCCGCUUCCGCCAGCGACUGAGAAAAACCGGAAGUGGGCAGCAGCCCUCCCAUCCCCCCGCGGCCGAUCCGGCCAACAUGGCGGACCUCCACCGCCAGCUGCAGGAGUACCUGGCGCAGGGUAAAGCCGGUGGGCUGGCGGCCGCGGAGCCGCUGCUCGCUGCGGAAAAGACGGAAGAGCCCGCGGCGGGGGCGUGGCUGGGACGCGCGGGCCUGCGCUGGACUUGGGCGCGGAGCCCUGCGGAGCCAACGGUGGGGACAGGCCCAGCGUGCUUGCCUAAUGUGACGCGCGCGCAGCGGCUGGCGGCAAGCGGCGUGUGCCUGCUGCUGGCCGCGCUCUGUUUCGGUCUGGCCGCGCUUUACGCGCCCGUGCUGCUGCUGCGCGCCCGGAAGUUCGCACUGCUCUGGUCGUUGGGCUCGGCUCUGGCGUUAGCGGGCGGGACGCUCCUGCGGGGCGGUGCGGCGUGCGGGCGCCUGCUGCGCGGCGAGGAGGCGCCGUCGCGGCCCGCGCUGCUCUACGUGGCCGCGCUGGGCGCCACGCUGUACGCGGCGCUCGGGCUGCGCAGUACGUUGCUCACGGCGCUCGGUGCCUUCGUGCAGGUAGCCGCGCUGCUGACCGUGCUGUUCGGGCUUCUGCCCUGGGGCGCAGGUACUGCGCUGCGUGUAGCGCUCGGACGGCUGGGCCCAAGCGCCGGCCUCGCUAAGGCGCUGCCAGUGUGAGAAGCCCAGGGCCCGCGCCUUCAGACCAGGACGCGCUGUCCAGAGAUGACGCGGAGCCCGGCCCCCGGAAUGCGCCGUCUGGAGACCACCGGGAGCCAGCCCCGGGCGCAUCGCGGACCGAGCCGAAGACUGCACCCGCCGGUUUCCCGAUCGCGCUGGGUAAAGGCUGCUGCGUUAUUGUGCCAGCGAACCCGUUAACGUCUUUGAGCGGCCGUUCUAAAACAGAGACUCGAGCCGGUUCGGAAGCUCUUCGGUUUCAGCGUUUUUCCGCCAUGUAUAAUGUUCUAUGACACGAGAUGUUGUCGUUGACUUGGUGAUACGCUGUGAAAAACUUAAUGUGAAAUUGUAAAUAUGGUGCCUUACAAAAUUAAAGGAAGAUUGGUUCUGUAUUAGACCAGGAAAGCAAUGGACCAAAAAGGAAAUGUCUGCCCCAAGAAGCAGGACAUUUCAGUGCUGUGAGAGGUUCCUGGGCAGAACUGGCUGGUCUGGGGACUCCUGCUGGACGAGAGAAUUCUACAUCCAAAGUUCUAUAUUUAACGGAAACCAUGGAUUUCUACAAGGCCGUUACCUGCUUUUUAAAGUAUAAUUUACAUUUUGUAGGCUGAUUCUAAUGCAGUGUAAGAUUCUUUUCAUAUCUGUCAAGUUUCCUUUUAGGUUCAGCAUUUACUCCUGUCUCUGACCUAAUUGUAUAUGCUAAUGUAUUGCCAGAAAGUUUGGACUGGAUAUUCUGAUGAGUCAAAAAAAACUACAUAUUUUGUCAGUAGCUAUAUUAACUAGAAAGUAGAUGUAGUUAGAAUUUUCAGAUUCUAUGUCAGUGGUUCUCAGUUCACAUCGGAAUUACUUGAAGAGCAAAACCUCAGAUGGAUUCAGUCAGAAUCUCUGGAGCGGUGGAGGGCGGACCCAGACAUCAGUAUUUUAGAGCUUUCUGGAUGAUUCCAUGUUCGGCUAAGGUUGAGAACCACUUUUCUGUACACCUCAUUGCACAAUUUGAAAAUAAUUAUUUUCUGGGGCUGGAUUCCACUGUUGCCUAAACAGGUGUGUCAGGCAGCAACAGAGCAUUGCCUCUUUGUUCAACCUCACUUAUUAUAUUCCUAGAUCCUGAUCAGUGUCCUAAGCCCUGCCCCAACUUCAUGAGGCCCCCCACCCCAGUAUUCUCUUAAGAAUUACUACCUU